AUCUACUUUAAUCUUCAUCUCUUCAGAUAUAUCCACUCAAUGGAAAAAGGAAACCAAACCAGUGUCUCUGGAUUUCUCCUCUUGGGCUUCUCAGGUUGGCCAGAGCAACAGGCUCUCCUCUUUGUAUUUUUUCUGUGUCUCUACCUAACAGGGCUCUUUGGAAACUUGCUCAUCUUGCUAGCUAUUGUCUCAGACCGUCGCCUCCACACACCCAUGUAUUUCUUCCUUUCCAAUCUCUCUGUGGUAGACAUCUGUCUCCCUUCAUCUACCGUCCCCAAGAUGCUGCUGAACAUCCAAGCACAGACUCAGACCAUCUCCUACCCUGGCUGCCUGGCUCAAAUGUAUUUCUGUAUGAUGUUUGCCAACAUGGACAACUUCCUUCUCACAGUGAUGGCGUAUGACCGUUAUGUGGCCAUUUGUCACCCUUUGCACUACUCUACCAUUAUGACUCGGCGCCUUUGUGCCUCUCUGGUGGCUGUGCCUUGGGUCCUCGCCACCUUGAAUCCCCUCUUGCACACCCUCAUGCUCACCCAUCUGCACUUCUGCUCUAACAACAUCAUCCACCAUUUCUUCUGUGAUAUCAGCUCUCUCUUCCCCCUCUCCUGUUCUGACACCAGUCUCAAUCAGUUCAUAGUUCUGGCUGCGGUGGGGCUGAUCUUUGUGGUACCUGCAGGGUGUAUCAUGGCAUCCUAUGUCUUCAUCAUCUCUGCUGUGAUGAAAAUCCCUUCUGCUCAAGGAAAACUCAAGGCUUUCUCCACCUGUGGAUCUCACCUUGCCUUGGUCAUUCUUUUCUAUGGCGCAAUCACAGGAGUCUAUAUGAGCCCCUCGUCCAACCAUUCAUCUGAAAAAGAUUCAGCCACAUCAGUGGUCUUCAUGGUCAUAGCCCCUAUGUUGAACCCCUUCAUAUACAGUCUAAGAAACAGUGAGCUGAAACGGGCAUUAAAGAAGGCUGUAGGUCAGACCAAAACCAUAUCCCAGUGA